AAGCAGCCCCGCCCCCAGCACAACCAAUAGCCUGGGGUGGUAACUGGCGACUGCACAGCUAUGGCCGGCCUGCUCCGGCCUGCAACUUGGGGACUGUUCUCCUGGAGGGGCUACUGCUCCAGGGGGACGCAGGGCAGACUCAGCGCCGGCUUUGUGGAGGCCCUGAAGGCAGUCGUGGGGAGCCCGCACGUGUCCACUGCGGCUGCGGUCCGAGAGCAGCACGGGCACGAUGAGUCCAUGCACAGGUGCCAGCCUCCGGACGCCGUGGUGUGGCCCCAGGAUGCGGAGCAGGUCGGCCGGCUGGCAGCCCUGUGCUAUGGCCAAGGCGUGCCCAUCAUCCCCUUCGGCACAGGCACCGGGCUGGAGGGUGGAGUCUGCGCGGUCCAGGGUGGCGUCUGUAUCAACCUGACCCGUAUGGACCGAAUCCUGGAGCUGAAUCCCGAAGACUUCUCUGUGGUGGUAGAACCCGGCGUCACCCGCAAAGCUCUCAACACCCACCUGCGGGACCGCGGCCUCUGGUUCCCUGUGGACCCAGGUGCAGACGCCUCUCUCUGCGGCAUGGCGGCCACUGGAGCCUCGGGCACCAACUCUGUGCGCUACGGCACCAUGCGCGACAACGUGCUGAACCUGGAGGUGGUGCUGCCCAGCGGGCAGCGGCUGCACACCGCGGGCCGCGGCCGGCGCUUCCGGAAGAGCGCAGCUGGCUACAACCUCACCGGGCUCUUUGUGGGCUCCGAGGGAACGCUAGGUCUCAUCACAGCCGCCACUCUGCGCCUGCAUCCUGUCCCUGAGGCCACUGUGGCCGCCACCUGUGCCUUCCCCACCGUCCAGGCGGCGGUGGACAGCACCGUACACAUCCUCCAGGCUGCAGUACCUGUGGCCCGAAUUGAGUUCCUAGAUGAGGUCAUGAUGGAUGCCUGCAACAGGCACAGCAAGCUGAACUGCUGCGUGGCACCCACGCUCUUCCUCGAGUUCCACGGCUCCGAGCAGGCGCUGGCAGAGCAGGUGCAGCGCACAGAGGAAAUCAUCCGUCAUAACGGAGGCUCCCACUUCUCCUGGGCCAAGGAGGCAGAGGAGCGCAGCCGCCUCUGGGCAGCCCGGCACAACGCCUGGUACGCAAGCCUGGCCCUGCGGCCGGGCUGCAAGGGGAAACUGAGGCUUAGAGACGGAGCAGACACAUGCAUGCGAGAGGCCGAGCUCCCUGAGCCCAUCUGUAGCCUUGGCCCCUUACCUUCUGGGCACACCGGGAGAGGGGGGAUCGCUUACGGAGCUGCCACAACUCAGGGCUAUUCUACCGACGUGUGUGUGCCCAUCUCCCGGCUGCCGGAGAUCCUGGUGCAGACCAAAGAGGACCUGGAGGCCUGGAGACUCACAGGAACCAUCGUAGGGCAUGUGGGCGACGGGAAUUUCCACUGCAUCCUGUUGGUAGACCCCGAGGACCCUGAGGAGCUCCUCAGGGUCCAGGCCUUUGCAGAGCAACUGGGCAGGCGCGCACUGGCGCUCCACGGCACGUGCACCGGGGAACACGGCAUCGGGCUGGGCAAGCGGCAGCUGCUGCUCGAGGAAGUGGGCGCGGUGGGCAUGCAGACCAUGCGGCAGCUCAAGGCCACGCUGGACCCCCGAGGCCUCAUGAACCCAGGCAAGGUGCUGUGAGGGGCUCUGGGCACCUGGCCCACAAGCCCCCACAGAGUGGCACCUCCCGUUCUGGAGCCUGUUUUCAAGCCCCCAGACUCUGCAGGGGUCUUCCCCAGCUGGAAAGGUCUUCACCUGUCUUUUUAAAUGCACCUGAGGCCAUGGGGAGGAGAGAGAAGCUUGGACAGGCCUCCGGCUUCUCCCCAGCUCUCUUGCUGUCCUCAGGAGCCUUUGCUUCAAUAAAAUUGCUGGGGGUCAUUCCCAGUGAAGCAGCUUC